CCUGCCGAGCCUGGCUGCAGGCCGAGGAAGGUUCUCGCUGCCUGGGCUCUCGCUUACCGCAUCCCUCUUUCUGCCAGUGUGACCUGGAGCGAGCGUCCAGCACCAGAGCUGGCCAUUUCUGAGAAACACGGGCAGGGAUCGCCCUUGUCAGUCAUCCUCGUGCCUGGCAGAGUAAGUGUUGAAUAAGCACAUAUUAUACAAGCAUGGAUGAAGAGCCUGAGAGAACUAAGCGGUGGGAAGGAGGCUACGAGAGGACCUGGGAAAUUCUUAAAGAAGAUGAAAGCGGAUCACUUAAAGCCACAAUAGAAGACAUUCUCUUCAAGGCGAAGAGGAAAAGAGUGUUUGAGCACCAUGGACAAGUCCGACUUGGAAUGAUGCGCCACCUUUAUGUGGUAGUAGACGGUUCGAGAACAAUGGAGGAUCAAGAUUUAAAGCCCAAUAGGCUGACUUGCACUUUAAAGUUGUUGGAAUACUUUGUAGAAGAAUAUUUCGAUCAAAAUCCUAUUAGUCAGAUUGGAAUAAUUAUAACUAAGAGUAAAAGAGCUGAAAAACUGACUGAACUCUCAGGAAACCCAAGGAAACACAUAACAUCUUUGAAGAAAGCUGUAGAUAUGACCUGCAGUGGAGAACCAUCUCUCUACAAUUCCUUAAGCAUGGCUAUGCAAACCCUGAAACAUAUGCCUGGACAUACAAGUAGAGAAGUACUAAUCAUCUUCAGUAGCCUGACAACCUGUGAUCCGUCUAAUAUUUAUGAUCUCAUCAAGACCCUGAAGGCAGCUAAAAUCAGAGUGUCUGUUAUUGGAUUGUCUGCAGAGGUUCGAGUUUGCACUGUACUUGCUCGUGAAACUGGUGGCACAUACCAUGUUAUUUUAGAUGAAACCCAUUACAAAGAGUUGUUAACACAUCAUGUUAGCCCUCCUCCUGCCAGCUCAAGCUCUGAAUGCUCACUCAUUCGUAUGGGAUUUCCUCAGCAUACCAUUGCUUCUUUGUCUGAUCAGGAUGCAAAACCAUCCUUCAGCAUGGCGCAUUUGGAUAAUAGCACUGAGCCAGGACUUACAUUGGGAGGCUAUUUCUGCCCACAGUGUCGAGCAAAGUACUGUGAGCUUCCUGUCGAAUGUAAAAUAUGUGGUCUUACUUUGGUGUCUGCUCCUCAUUUGGCACGAUCUUACCAUCAUUUAUUUCCUCUGGAUGCUUUUCAAGAAAUUUCCCUAGAAGAAUAUAAUGGAGAAGGGUUUUGUUAUGGAUGUCAGGGGGAAUUGAAAGACCAACAUGUCUAUAUUUGCACAGUGUGCCAAAACGUUUUCUGUGUGGAUUGUGAUGUUUUUGUUCAUGACUCUCUCCACUGUUGUCCUGGCUGUAUUCAUAAGAUCCCAACUCCUGCAGCUUUCUGAAACCUGGAGUAGAAGAUAGACAACUCUGAAAAGAAAGGAUUCAAGGACUCUGAGAUGGUGUCAGGAGUUUGUGAUCAUCAUAAAGUACAAAAAUCUAAAGUUAGUAUGUUCCAUACUCUCCCUACAGGACAUAAAAGGACCAAAAUAAUCUUAAUUCAUCUAAUUCUUACCUCAAAUAAGUUGUUAUAUAUUUCAAUUUUUUCUGUUUCACAAAACUUUACUAUUUGUUUUUAAUCAGUUACCAUUUGUUAAGAUGCAAUAAAAAAUUUACCACUUUC